GCCAGAGGCGGAGGGGCCUUGGUGUUGAAUUUGGUUGAAAAUGAAGGUACAAUAAAACUGGAACUGAUUCUUCAGAAGCUAGUUUAACAACCACCAUAAUGCUAAUUCGUGCCUCAGCUCCGGUUCUUUGUAACAGAAUCUCAAGGAAUCUUGCGAGUGUUAGUGUCAGUGUUAACACCAACACUAGAAAAAAUCUUGCAACUACAACUACGGGCUUGUUAGCAGCUGCAAUUGUGAUAGCCUCAGGUGCAGGUGCCAUUGAAGAAGGGGAUACACUGUCUAACAUACCCCAAGAACUAUCCGGCGAGUGUGCGGCGGCAAAGGAUUGCACCAAGCCUAGAAUCCAACGACCCAAAUCUAGGAAAGCCGAGUCCUGCACUAUCAAAUGUGUCACCACUUGCAUCCGGGGAGGUGAAGGUUCUCCUGGUGAAGGCCCUUUUAAUGUCAGAAGACCUUUGGUUGUUUUCAAGGAAGGGUUUCGAAGCCGUCGAUAUUGUUUGGUGGAAUGUUCAGAAAUAUGUAAUCUGAUUGGAGAUGGAGAUGAUGGUCCUUGAAUUGUAUAUAAAUUCUUCAUUGACAAUACAGUAAAAUUUAUUGCUUUAAGCUUUCUUCUCUGAAAGUGGAUUGUAACUCGUAG